CAGCAAUCUGAACGUGCCCAAACGAAUCACUUAGCAUUAAUAGCACGUUCACUACUGAACCAAGGAAAAUUCGACCGUUGCUUCACACGGCCCUCUACAUUCCUCAUUCAAAUAUAUAUCUGCUUGACAUUCGUGUUUUCAUCAGCAUUUCCCAAUAGUUUUCUGAGAUUUACGAAAUCAUUCCAAACGCUCUGCUUUUCCAUGGCUACCUCAUCAAAAGAAACUGCAGCUUCUGGUUCACCAUCUGUCCCAUCAUCUCCACACCAGGAACAACCAGAAUUCAACAUCCAUCCCAUACAAGUAAUUCCUGGUCAAGCUUCUGUCCCUGAGAAACUGGUUCCCAGAAGACCACAGGGAGUGAAGAUUGCUGAAAACCCUAGCUCUGCAACGAGUUCUAGGGAAGUAGACACGGAGAUGGACAAGAAAAUCCGCAGUAUUGUGAGUAGCUUUCUGAAAGAUGCUUCUGUGCCUGAUGCUGAGAAAGAUGUCCCAACAUCGUCCAACCCAAAUGUUUCUGUGCCUGAUGUCAAGAAAGAUGUUCCAACAUCUUCCGCUCCAAAUGCUGAAGCACUCCCUUCACCCAGUGAAGAGGGAUCAACUGAGGAAGAUGAUCAAGCUGCAGAGGAGACUCCUGCACCAAGGGCACCAGAACCUGCUCCAGGUAACCUCAUUGACCUUGAAGAAGUAGAAUCUGAUGAAGAACCCAUUGCCAACAGGUUGGCACCGGGCAUUGCAGAAAGGUUACAAAGUAGAAAGGGAAAAACUCCCCUUAAGAGGUCUGGACGAAUCAAGACUAUGGCCCAGAAGAAGAGUACUCCAAUCACUCCUGCCACAUCCAGAAGAAGCAAGGUUGCUAUCCCCUCCAAGAAAAGGAAAGAAAUUUCCUCAUCUGAUUCUGAUGAGGAUGUCGAACUAGAUGUCUCGACAUCUAAGAGGGCCAAGACUUCAGGGAAGAAGGUGCCUGAAAAUGUUCCUGAUGCACCAUUGGACAACAUCUCUUUCCACUCCAUUGGCAAUGUUGAAAAGUGGAAAUAUGUGUAUCAACGUAGACUUGCCUUGGAAAGAGAACUGGGAAGAGCUGCCAUGGAUUGCAAGGAGAUCAUGGACCUCAUCAAGGCUGCUGGACUGCUGAAGACUGUCAGCAAGUUGGGAGAUUGCUAUGAAGGCUUAGUCAGGGAAUUCAUUGUCAACAUUCCCUCUGACAUAUCUAACAGAAAAAGUGAUGAUUAUCAAAGAGUGUUUGUCAGAGGAAAGUGUGUUAGAUUCUCCCCUGCUGUGAUCAACAAAUAUCUGGGCAGACCUACAGAUGGAGUGAUAGAUAUUGAUGUUUCUGAGCAUCAAAUUGCCAAGGAAAUCACUGCCAAACGAGUCCAGCAUUGGCCAAAGAAAGGGAAGCUUUCAGCAGGGAAGCUAAGUGUGAAGUAUGCAAUUCUGCAUAGGAUUGGAGCUGCAAACUGGGUUCCCACCAAUCAUACUUCCACUGUUGCCACAGGUUUGGGUAAAUUUUUGUAUGCUGUUGGAACCAAAUCCAAAUUUAAUUUUGGAAACUAUAUCUUUGAUCAAACUGUUAAGCAUUCAGAAUCAUUUGCUGUCAAAUUACCCAUUGCCUUCCCUACUGUAUUAUGUGGCAUUAUGUUGAGUCAGCAUCCCAAUAUGUUAAACUACACUGACUCUGUGAUGAAGAGAGAAUCUCCUCUAUCCCUGCAUUACAAACUGUUUGAAGGGACACAUGUCCCAGACAUUGUCUCGACAUCUGUCUCGACAUCAGGGAAAGCUGCUGCUUCAGGUGCUGUGUCCAAGGAUGCUCUGAUUGCUGAACUCAAGGACACAUGCAAGGUGCUGGAAGCAACCAUCAAAGCCACCACAGAGAAGAAGAUGGAGCUAGAACUGCUGAUCAAAAGGCUCUCAGAGAGUGGCAUUGAUGAUGAAGAAGCAGCUGAGGAAGAAGGAGAAGCAGCUGAAGAAGAAGAAGAAGCUGCUGAGGAAGAGGAAGAUGCAGCAGAAGAGACAGAAUCCGAUGAUGAUUCUGAAGCCACCCCAUGA